AGCUGUUUGUGUUUUCCCACAGGAAGAAGACAACCCGUUCUGGCUGCGGAACGACUGACAUGAAGAAUUCUGACACCUGAAGAUGACUCCCGGAUGGAUCCCUUGGAAACUACCUCUAGCCCUCGUGCUGCCUCUAUGGAUUUGGGUUCCUAGUAAAUUUGCUAUGAAAAAGGGACUUUUCAUACAGGACUUUAAAAUGCAUCCUUUUCAUAAAUGGGUACUUUGUGGGAUUAAUGGUAGCUGUACAGAUCUUAAUCCCUUGGUUUUCCUCCAAGGAGGAGCUGCUGGAAAAGCGAUUUUUACUGGUAUUUCAAAAUUUGCUCAGUUUCAUCAAGUUCUGUUACCUGAUAGAACCAUUUAUCAAAAUUCUACUACUGAAAUCACUGGACUUAAUAAGACCCUGAUAAAUCAGAUUAGUUAUUCACCUACUCCAGUUUGUGUGUACACCCCUUUCUUGUUUAUUCUUUCUAACGGUUCCUUUGAAUCCUGUACUAAUGAAACCUGCUGGAUGGCACAAUGCUGGAACCUUAAGUGGGUCAGCCGUGCAAUGCUUGCCAAGAUUCCACGAUGGAUUCCUGUCCCUGUGGAGACUCCUUCCACCGUAGCUUUGCUCAGGCAAAAGCGAGACUUUGGUAUCACUGCAGCUGUUGUGGUGGCAAUGGCUGCCAGUGUGGUGGCACCUACGGCUGCUGGAAUUGCUAUGACAACAUCAGUCCAGUCAAGCACAACUAUCGAGCAGUUGUCCUCCUCUGUGUCAGAGGCGAUUAAUCAACAUUCAGUGCUCAGUGCCCAAUUAAAAGGUGGGCUAAUGAUAGUGAACCAGCGCAUUAAUCUGGUGGAGGAAAGGCUGGAAAUUCUGCUCCGAUUGGCCCAGCUUGGCUGUGAUAAGAAAUCAGGAGCCUUAUGUAUUACUAGUGUCCAAUAUGAAAAUUGGAUGCGUGCAGCUAAUCUAUCUAAAGAAUUGUCUUUGUUUCUUACAGGAAACCGGUCUGAAGGAUUUGAUGAAAAGCUUGAGGCGCUACAUGUAGCAGUGAUGACGAUUAAUUCUACGCGUGUGGAUCCAUCAUUGGUUGAUGGAAUCAAAGGACUUUCUUCCUGGAUGUCUUCUGCAUUCUCACNUUUUAAAGAGUGGGUGGGAGUGGGCCUGUUUGGCGCAACCCUGUGUUGUGGAUUAGUGUUUUUACUAUGGCUGGUUUGCAAACUCAAAUCUCAACAGAGACGUGACAAGGUGGUAAUUGCUCAAGCACUUGCUGCCAUAGAGCAAGGCACCUCUCCUGAUAUUUGGCUAUCCAUGCUCAGGACUUGAUUGGCAUUUGAGUUCUCUGCUCUUACAUUCCACGGAUCUGCGGAUCCAUUGCACUGGAAUGAGAGAGACUCAAUGAUCAUUGAUCAGCUCNUAUACAUCGCUGAGGUUUCCUCAUUGCACGUGAUGGGAUGAGCAUGAUUUAACCGCUAAUUCAUUUUUUGGCUGGCCUCUUUUGUAGAGUUCGCCCUAGGUCAUUUAGCAGUUUCUGUCACACAGUACUGUGGUAUCCAAAGACGGGCAACUUUCCUCAUGCACAGACCAAACUAAGGCACGGGCCGGUGGUGAUAGGGUUUUCCAACAACAGGUAAGGCUGUGACAUUGGAGGAACGACCUAAGACAAGGAGCCACAGUAGAUGGACAUAACUGCAUAGGCCUAGACCAGCCUUGUUUUAUUAUAACUAACAGGGGGAAAUGUGGGAAGCCGUGAUAACAUGUGCCGUCACUAGAUGGCACUAAGCUCCAUUGUGCGCAUGUGCAGGAGCAAAAGCCUGCCAAAGUCACCAGUCCACUCCCCAAGACACAAGUCCAUCCCCUGGGGCAUUAACUAAUCCCUGGGGUGUAUGAGACCGUGGGUGAUGCUAUCAGCCUUAGUUAAGACACGUCACAUUAGGGUAUUUAAGACUCACACGUUUCUGAGCCUUCUUUGUUCUACCUCACGAUUAUGAAUAAAGUGUAACCACGGAA